GCGUCCCUGAGCCGCGUCCACCUCGCGCUCCCUGUCACGGCGUUCGUCCCCGGGACUGGCGCCCGCGUCCGGCCCGGCUCCGCGGCGGCUUGGUCCGAUGGCGCCUCAGCGGAGGACCGCAACCAAGGCGCCCGAGGGCAACGGAGCGUCUGAGCGCCGGAACCGGAGCAGCACCAAGAAGGACCGAGCCCCACGGGAGGUGCAGAGGCUGUGGCAGAGGCCGUGGCUAAGGACCGCGGGCCUGGGGGCCGGCCUUGUGCUCACCGCACUUCUGCUCUGGAGCAGCUUGGGGGCUGACGAUGGGGUCGCAGAGGUCCUGGCCCGCCGUGGCGAGGUCGUGGCAGGGAGAUUCAUCGAGGUGCCCUGCUCUGAGGACUACGACAGUCACCGCAGGUUCGAAGGCUGCACCCCCAGGAAGUGCGGCAGAGGUGUGACCGAUGUCGUCAUCACCAGGAAGGAAGCAGAGCGGAUUCGCAGCAUAGCUGAGAAGGGGCUCUCCCUGGGAGGAUCUGACGGAGGGGCAUCCAUUCUGGACUUGCACUCAGGGGCCCUGUCUGUCGGGAAGCACUUUGUGAACCUGUACAGAUACUUCGGGGAUAAAAUACAGAACAUCUUCUCAGAGGAGGACUUCCAGUUAUAUCGGGAGGUGCGGCAGAAGGUCCAGCUCACCAUUGCGGAGGCUUUCGGCAUCAGCGCGUCCUCGCUGCAUCUGACCAAGCCCACCUUCUUCUCCCGCAUAAACAGCACGGAAGCGCGGACGGCGCACGACGAGUACUGGCAUGCGCACGUGGACAAGGUGACCUACGGCUCCUUCGACUACACCUCACUGCUGUACCUCUCCGACUACCUGGAGGACUUCGGCGGAGGGCGGUUCGUGUUCAUGGAGGAGGGCGCCAACAAGACGGUGGAGCCAAGAGCUGUCCCAGAGCCCCAGCCAUGCCCAGCCUGGUGCAGACACAGCAGUGCCAGUGGGCAUUUGCCGAGCGGACAGUCAUCCUCUGCUCCUUGAACUUAUCUCCAGCUUGUUUAUUUUGAGAUUCCUGUUAUUUGUACUUGCCUUUCUCAGGUUAGUUUAGGACUUCAGUUUGCAAGCUCAGUUUGAGGGACUCUCUCUUUCCAUGACUACCUGUGACAGGUGGCCUGAGCUGCCCGGCCACUUCAUGCCAUCCUGCCUCCCUCAGCUGCUCCCUGGCCACAGGCUGGACAGUUCCUGCUGCAGCCAGUGGCUGGCCAAGCCCCCUCCCUGCAGCUGGCUUCAGGCCAUGUGUGUCGCAGCCCUGGGCACAGUCUCCCCUGGUGUGGACUGGGGGCGUUUGGCCUGACUGCGUCCUGGACUCGCUCUGCCUUCAUGUCAGUUGUUCUGAGUCAUCUCUGCAUUAGGGGAAGGGUUUGGACGUCCAGCCUCUGCAAGCAGGAGCCCAGCCUGUCUGCCCUCACCCCAGAAGUCCCAGUCACAGCAGUUUUGUGGGAAAAUGAAAAACUCACAGAGCACAAGACAGGCGUUUUCUUGAGAAGUCAAAGCAGCCAAAGCCUCCUGGGACUCGAAAUUACACAACUUUUUAGCAUAUUUUGAUCUUAGUCAUUUUAAGCAUGAUACGUACUUGAGUCAAACAUUUUGUAUCACGAUCUUCUUUCAGAUAAUUAAAACCUGUCUCCUGCAUGGGUCUCUAA